AUGGGAAGUGCUUUGGUGCCGAUUGAAGGCUUAUUUCUUCUGCCAAAUUCCAUACAAGCUCAGAUAAUUGUGAAAGGAAUAUGCAGAAAUGAAACAGCAACAAUAGAGGCUGUAAAGAGAGAAACCAUUGAGACAUGGAUGUGACUGAGAUGAUCUUGUGGAAUUAAGCUUCGUGAAGCAGAAUGUUUUGCAACGACGCGUCAGUAAACUUUUAAAUGAACCUCCCUACGGCCGACAAAAUCAAACAAACAGGCACUACAUGUUUAGAAAAACUAGUGCAAUGAAAACAUCAUAUAAUUUUUGACUAACCUUUGCGAUAAUUCAUUGUGUUGAGAUUGCAUUUUUAUUUAUAUCUUGCAAACAUUUUAGGCUAGAACACGAGCAAAUCAGGCAAAUAUUACUGGACUUGGAUCAAUUGACUUCUGACACGAGUUUCACAUUAGAAAAGGUGUUUUUAAAGCGAGUGAAAUGAGAUUUUCGGGUCGCUAGGCGGCCCUGCUAGUGACAAAAUCGCGAUGAGUCUUCAUGCCGCAAGCCAAAUUUUAAAUAAGACAAAAAACUUCUUCGAAAGUCCAAAAUAAGACUUAAGAAUGUAAACAACAAAUCUCCGUCAGCAGUGCGGUCCGGAAGGAAAUCUUGUUGAGUCAAUAUGACAGUUCUAUUGUCUUUUGAAGAAAAAACACACGUAUGCACAAUUGGGACACUGUCCCUUUUAAGUUUUCUGGACAUCAAUACUUUGUUAGGUGUUCUUGUAUGAGUAUCAUAAGAAUUCAUUUGAAAAUAUCAGAACAAAUGUCCAAAUCAGGAUUUUUUCCCAUCUCGAUCAUAUGUUGGUCGGGAUUCAGGAUUUUCAAAAAAAAAUUGGGAGAAUCGUGACAAAAUCUGGAUGCUUGGACAGUCUGUGAUCUACUGGGGCAUAAUAGACCAGAAAUAUUGUUGUUGAGUGGUAUUGUAAUGAAGUCUGUUGUUAAGAAGAGAAGGAAAUUUUAAUUGGAUGGUGCAUGAACAAGAAAUCUCUCAGACUGAGGUUGGUUUUGAUAGUAUUAGAUUGUGUGUACCCAAUGUAAGAUGUCCUGAUGGACAUUGACACUCUAAGCUCCAAUAUCCACAUACAAAUUCUUCACACUGAUCUCCAUAUAUCUCCUCGAAGGAUAAGUUGCGAGAAUUUGACAAAAUAUUAAAUCAGUUUCCUUUCAUUUAUCAUUUUUUAUUUUAUUCUCCUAACCUUUGCUCUUAAUUGUGUAUCCUUGACGUUGUAAGGAGAAAUUGGUUUUGGUCACUUUUGGGACUUAAAGUGUAAAAUGAGGGUGUUUGUGGGGUUAACUGUCUAGCAGUUUAAGACGGAAUCCACUAGGAAAUUGAGUAAGUUUAAUAUUCAGUGGACAAAAACCUUGUACCAGAAUAAUUUAAAGCAUAUUGCAUUCUUUUUUGCAUUUUCAAGGCCUUAAGACGGUAUUAGUCAUCUGUAAUAACACCAAAGAAAAUUUUUCGUGCAAGUCCUAGAAAAUGAAUGUCAAAUUUCACAAGAAUUGUGAAAACACAGGUAAAAUUCUGAAAAUUUCAUGUGUAAGAUGUAAUUUUGUUAAAUUUGACAUUCAUUUUCUCGGGCUCCUUUGAGAAAUUUUCUUUGGUGUUAUUACAGAUGACUAAUUACAUAUGUAGCCCUAAAAAAAUGUAAAAAAAAAAUGCAAUAUUCUUUAAAUUAUUCUGGUACAAGGUUUUUGUCCACUGAAAAUUAAAAUUACUCAAUUUCCUGGUGGAUUCCGUCUUAAGAUGUUUUGCUAUCAUAACCUUAUAAAUAACAUGUGACCGGAUUAUCUUUUAAAGAAUCCAGUGCAAAUCCCAGAAAGGAACAUAAACAACAUUAUUAACUUCUGUUCCAUUAUGUCCUUUCAGUUAGUGCAUAUACCAAGUGUAGCAGUAAAUUCAUUUCAACAUGGUAAGGUUCUGUAAUGUUUUAUGUUUUAAACAAUACUCCAUUACAAUGCUGCAGAAAGAAGAUCAAACAAAUAAAAAAUAUAUUGCUUGUUUUCAAGCAAAGAAAAUGUUAGAUGAUUGCUGAGUAAAUUAUAUGAUUUAAUUGAAUGAUGAGGGUUUUUAACUAGAGAUUGAUUCCCUGACAAUUCGCCUUUUAAGCGUCAGGUUUCGCGUGUGGUUUCACGUGACUUUUGAUGACCUAUGUUGUAAACAAAUCCCAGAAGUUUGGACAUCUCUCCUUACCCACAUACUACACAUGUACGAACUACAAGUCGCUAUUUCAAGUUCCUGUUAAUUUAUACAUUUUCCUUCCCUUUUGCUCUGUCACCCUUUAAGCCACAAUAUCAACAUACCAAUUCUCCACACUCUAUGCAUUUCCCUCAGUUUUAUUUUAAGAGAAUUUGAUAAAAGAUCAAAGUAUUGUCUUAUUGGUGAUCAUUUUAAUACUUCUCAUGAUUUUUUCUCUUGACUUUAAAUCAAUAUUGUAAGGAGAAAAUCGGUGUUAGUCACUCUUGGCACGUAAAGGGUUAAAACUUGGAUAAUUCAAGGUUCAAAAUGUGAAAGCAGAAGAAUAUGAGCGAUUUUAAUGUCACAAGCAUGGCACAACUGCAUGGCUGUUCAUGUGUCUUAAGCCAAAGUGCAGGCUUCUUCUAUGAACGUGCACUGGCUUAUUCAUGUAGAUACAAAUGGAGGCAGUGUAUUCCAGGCAAGAUAUAUUAAAUAAAAAAAUAAAAAAUAAAAAUAAUGAUUUAGAGGUAGCACAUCCACAAAGUAGUUCUUCAUCUGCCUGAUUCCUGGUCGAACUGGAAUUUGGAAAUGUUGGUUUUUGAGGAGAGAGGAAAACCAGAGUACCCGGAGAAAAACCUCUUGGAGCAAAGGAGAGAACCAACAACAAACUCAACCCACAUAUGGCGUCGAUGCCGGGAUUUGAACCUGGGCCAUGUUGGUUGGAGGCGAGCGCUCUUACCACUGCGCCAUCCCUUGCUCCCCAUCGAGGCUAUAAAAGGUGGUCGAGAUGAGAAUGUAACCACAUUACAGUAUCAUGAAUUAUAAGUUUGUAUGCAUCAUUGGUUUGAUCAUUUUGGAAAUUAAGAUCCAUGGCCAGGCAAAGCCAUUCCCUCAACUGCAGUGGAGAUUUCCAUGUACGUGAAACAGCAUGUUCUGGGGAAUGUUUUCUUACUGUUUUGCCAUACUCAAGCCAGUUAAGUCAUUCCUGGGCGUCUGCUUUGACUUUUUGAACCUUAUAUUAUUUGAGUUUAAACAUCAAAAAGGAAGGAGUGUAUAUAAAUAAAAUUAACCCAUUCGCUCCUGGAGAUUUUGCCGAAAAACGCGUUUUGAAGCUAGUCGAUUGGUUUUCUGGUCACUGUUGUGCUAUAAAGAGCUAAACCUUACCACAAACUGGUUUACAGGUCGUACACUUCACGGCCUUCUGAUCCAGAUGCAAUAUAUCAGCUUGUGAAGUUCGGGCAUGCGCAGAAAGCAAAACUUCUUGCCUCAUUUUUUUUUUUCUCUUGCUGGGUAUUUAGUAGGCUUCAUUUUGGUGGGAAUAGUUUUUAGGAAAGCUUUUAGGAUCUUAGGAUUAGGUGAAAGGAAAGGUAGGUGAGCAAUGGAACAAGAUUUUCAUGGAGAUUUUCAGGUUAAUGUUACAUGUUUUUUUGCCUCUUUCUCCGGUGUCCUUGACUGAAUUGUGCUCAUUCUGGUAUGGUUUGAAAGAUCUCUUCACUCUGCACAAGUUAGCGGACAAAGUUGUCCUUGACCGUUAAAACUGAUGAUGUCACAAAGGGUAGAAAGGACGUUGAUCCGCACUGGCGGUUACAGGCAGUUCAGGGGCGAAUGGGUUAAUGGGAACUUGAAAUAGCAAUUCACAGUUCAUACAUGUAUAGUACGUGAGUGAGGACAGAUGACAAAGGUCAUCAAAAGUCACAUGAAACUACAAAAGAUGUUUUCAGAGAAGACAUGUAUUUAUGUGUAUAAGUUUUAAAUGGACUUGUUGAGCAUGAUAUGAACUUCAUAAGACAGCAAGAACAACAUAAUUAUACUACCAGAACUACAUGUAAGCUAAAUUUCAUACUUCCAAGUGUCAAAAGGAAUUGGAGCAAACAACAGACUGCAUUUCAUGCCAUCCAGGAUUUAAACCUUCUUACUGUUAGCCAGGCAAUCCGACAAUCUGUGAAUGUAAAUAUUUUUAAGCAUAAUCUUUUUAAAUUUGCAAUUUAAAUGAAUUUGGAGUAAAUGUCUUGUACAUUUUAAUAGUUUUUACAUAUUAUUUGUAGCUUUUUAACAUCUUCAUUAAUUUUAGGAAAUCCUUUUUGAAAACCAUAUUUUAUAAUGAUGAAAAAGUUAUCUCAAUAAAGAUUAUUAUUAUUAUUAUUAUUAUUAUUAUUAUUAUUGGUUUGUUAAGAUGGGACAAUAUUCUUUUGCAGUCUAUGUCUGGUAUUCAAAUCAGUGAUGAAGUGGUUGAUUAUUACAGUACUGACUUCAAAAAACAAAAGAAAGUUGUGUACUUCCGCUGCGCACUUAAUCCUGGGGGAACCCAAAUUGUGCUGAAGGAUAGCGUGGAAGAUAGAGACGCCGUGGGAGUAUAUCAGGAGAAAACACCUGAAGAGUCAAAGAGAAGAUUUGAAGCAAUGAAGGACAAGUUGACCGUUGACGAUCCUUGUUUUAUCGUGUUUGACUUCUGGUUUAGGAAAGGUGAAAGAGUUGAGAACAAAAUGGGUGUGAUUUCUUGGUAAGUUAAUAUCACAGGAAUUUGUUCAUAUUUUCUUUUUUAUGAUAUGAAUCAAUGACUUUGUAAAUACUACAAAGCCAUGCCAGAAAGAAACCUCUGCUCGCAGGGUUUAUGUCUUGUUAGCCGUUUGCUUUCGCCCUGGAGGGAAACCUCUGUAAUGAGCUGUCUGUUGUUUUCCAUUGUGUAUGAUCUUUAGACACCUCCAAAUUCUUUUUUUUGUUAACUGAUUCGCUAUGCAAAAUGGAGCACACUUUCUCCUGCGACAGAAAUGAUGCAGUUCAGAAAGCUUUCAAAGCACUUAACUGUUCUAUAAUCAGAUCUUCUUCAGUCUGAGGCAUUGUAUCAUGUUGUAAAUACUUUGCUGUAAGAGCUCAUGAUAGUAAAGUGUUAAGUUGCAAGUAGAAUAUUUCUCAUAUAGUCUUUUGUCAUGAGAAUAUCAUCAAAACAGCAAGAAAAAGUUACAUUGGAUGAACAAUUAAAUCUCAGAAAUAUUUUUGACAGCAUUGUAUUUCUGUCAGGUAAUGAAGUAUACACCAUUAUCUCUGUGGUAACGAAUUAAUAAUCUGGCGCAUGCACAUGUACAACGAGAAGCACAGAUGGUUUGCUGCAGAGGUUUCUCUCGGGGGUGAACAAACCAACUAUGCGACUGACAAGCGAGGCGAACAACUUCAUAUAUUACAAUAUUUGUCAACUUCCAGGGGCGAUCAAGGUUCUGAUGUUCCUGUCAAUCAUCUCUCUGGUCUUGUGAGUCUUCACACGCAAUGUCACAAAAAAUAUAAAGUCUUGGGAAGUGUUAGGAAAAUCUUCAACCGAACCAGAAGAAAAUAAAUAGCUCUUCAGUUUUUGGCAAGAUAUUUAUUUUACAGGGACUAGCAAAUAAUGCGAUAGUAUCGAACCGUGAAAAUACAUAAUCCAGUGCAAUUUGAUUUGCUUUUUUUUUUCGUUCAAAGUAUAUUAUUUUCCAAUAUUGCUUUUAAAGGCCUUUUUUAUAUUGUUUCGCAAGUACUGAAAACAAAUAUACUUUUGAUUCUGAUCCAUCAGAACUAGGUGCCUGUUUGAUUAACAAAGCGUGUUGAUGUCUAGUCAAUAUUCCAAAUUACAUUUUGCAGUCUACCGUCAUCACGCAACCCUCUUCCUGAGGGAGCAUGGGGAGGUGCGCAGCACAUUAUAAAAAGACAUUGGAGUGACGAUGUGCCCUGUGUUGACCUUUUGCUAUCUUUUCUAUUGUCACGCAAAAAAAAAGGCGUUGAACAAUGUUGGAAAAUCAUUCUUCAUUAUUUGACAACGUUGCACGCAUUCAUGAGAAACGUUGCCAAUGCAUUACUAAUCAUUGAGACAUGUGCAAUGCAUUUUAAAGCAUUCAAAUGUGUUUAAUGAUGCAUAAUAAAUAUAUGGGGCUGUACGAAUAUUCACAUAAGGAUAUGGCAUAUGUAGCACCAUUCUACCAUUUUCAUUUUACUCUUCAGCAGUAGUCACAUGCGCUUCUCAAACACCUAUUUUUUGGCAUAAGGGAAGGAAUUGAUUAGCACGUUUCACUGAUUUUUCAGGAAUGACUUUUAUUUAUCAGGAACAGAAUGCAUCCUUGCAGUCAAAAUUCCACUUUCAGAUAAAAAAUAUUGACAUUUUCCAACAAAGAAGACCCAUUCAAAGCAGCAAAUGUUUACACAUUGUAAACCAAAGUUCAAAUUUCCCACCCACGAUUUAUGAAAGAAUUAAUGACAAUAAUUAUAAUAAUAAAAAACUUUAUUUCACUUUCUUGCAGUUAAAAAAUACUGAACAUUUGAACAGCUGAUAUUUAUACAAUCUAAAAAAUACAACAUAACUAUGCUAUGAGUGUACAAUUGUACUUGUUAGUUUAAGAAUAUCUAAAUGUAAAAAAUUUUGUCGGCUCUCUUAGUUCUUCCUAAUUUGUUUAUUGUUCUUUCACUACCAGAUCUUAAAUUAUAAGAGACAGUUCUUGUUUCAGAUUUGGGAAUGAGGAAUGAUAUUAGGUUAUUGUGAUUGCUAGCGAUAUCAAAGACAAAUCGACGACACAAGGAAACCCUUCUAUUUGCUAGAGAUGAGAUGUGUGCGUCAGUUAGCGGCUGUCAGCUUCAAUUUGUUGUUCUAGUGAGCAAGAGAAUUUUUCCUCAUUUUCAGGAGUAUUUCUCAUUCAGAAACAGAAUUAUUCUCUGGAGCUUUAUAUAGCAGCAGAACAUUUUUUUCACGUCGCACAAUACUUGCAAUGAACGUUUUGUUUAGCAAACACAAAUUAGGUCACAUGCUUCAAGCCACCAAACAGUCACCUACUUUGUACUUGAACAUUUAUCUAGGGCCCUUCAAACUCUGAAUGAUUAAUGGUGAAACCUGUCAUGUUUGAACCCAAUUAGAACAUCCGGACUGAUGAUGGACUCCUUGUGAGGGUAGCUAAUAAAUGCAUUAUGCCCAUCAGGCAAUGCUUCAUGGGGGCCCAAGUAGUUAAUGGUAGUAAACAGCUUAAUUCGGAUUUUCAAAGGGUAAAGUAGUCAUUUUUGUCCUUUAUCUAGGAUUCAAAUUGCCUUGUAAGGAAUUGAGACAGCUUAGAGUAUGCACAAAUGAAUCUGUCGAGGAUAUCCUUUGGAUCCCCCCUCCCCCCCCCUCCCAUCCUUCUUCUUACCCCAAAUACUCUUUCUCCACCCCACAUACAAACUUUAUAUCUGAGGUGAACUCCCUCCCUUCUGCUGUUAAAAUCUUUGCUUGGCCCCUUUGAGACUAAUUAGAUUUGUUUAUUGAGUCCAGUUAUGUGUCUUCAAGGAUCUCCAGGUCUGUCCGAACAAACAAUAUUUUUUUAAAUUUAAUUUGGUAUACCGUAAACUGCCGCUUAUAAGCCUCGGGCUUAUACAAGUUCAUAAGGGUUUUGGGUGGGCUUAUAAACCGGGGGGGGCUUAUAUCCGGAUGGGCUUAUAAUCGGAUGUAUUUUUUUGUUUGCAUGUAGGUGGGCCUAUAACCGGGGGGCGGGGGGGGGGGCUUAUAAGCGGAUGGGCUUAUAAGCGGCAGUUUACGGUAUGCUAGUAAUUAUUACUAUGAGGUUGAUGGCCCCUGUCUUUAAAAUUUUCUUCCUUUUUUCCCAUUAUUUUUUAUCGUAGGAUAAGUGACGAAUGUCCUGUUAAGAAGAGAAUGGUGUAUGGUUCUGUAAAAGAUGCCUUGACAAGGAAGUUAGAUGGGACAAAGUCCAUUCAGGCCAAUGAUAAGGGAGAUUUAGAAUUUGAUUCAGUUGUUUCGGUCUUUAAAUAA